CAACAUACUGCAACUACUUUGCACUAGCAACACAACGCUCUGACUGACCUCAUAGCCUUCGCGCCUGCCCGUCUUAACUAGUUGAUCGCCGCAGCAAUGGCCUCCACCAACAGCUGGACCCACGAGAUUGAGUCCUCAGUCGCGGCACCGCGCCUGUUCCGUGCCGGCGUCAUGGACUGGCACACUCUGGCACCCAAGCUCGCGCCCCACAUCGUCGCCAGCGCCCAUCCCGUCAACGGCGAAGGCGGCAUCGGCAGCGUCAGGCAGUUCAACUUUACCUCAGCCAUGCCCUUUAGCGUCAUGAAGGAGAGGCUAGAGUUCCUGGACGAGGAGAAGUGCGAGUGCAAGUCAACCCUCAUCGAGGGCGGCGGCAUCGGCUCGGCCAUCGAGACCGCAACGUCGCACAUCAAGAUGGAGCCGGCGGCCAACGGCGGG